AUGAGUAGUUCAGCCGUGUCCAGGUUUGCACCCACAGUUCUCACUGGCGACUCCAGUGGACCUGUUCUCGAACAAGAGCUUCAGGGUACAUACUUUGUGUUUAAUAACUUUACUAUCAAUGCUCGUUCCUCACCCUGGCUUGAAGGAUGGUGCUCAGUGAACGGUGUACCUUUCCUGCAGUUUCAUGACAAUAAAGCCACGCCUUUGGGUGACCUGGGAAAGGUGGUAAAUGCCACCAGAGCAUGGACAGAUUUCACCGAACGUCAGAAUUACAUUGGAGAAGAGUUGAGGAAUCAGAUACUUAACACAGAAGAAGAGGCAGACAAGACCAUGGAUCACCACAUCUGGCAAGUCAUCAUGGAAUCUCAAUAUAAACAAGGACAACUCAGUGAUGCCUCCUGGAAAUUCAUCAUUGGUGGACAGAAUUCCUUCUACUUUAAUCCAGUGACCAAAAGGUGGGGAGCAAUUCAUGAUAAAGCCAUAGGUAUCAUGAAGAAAUGGGAGACAAACACAGAACUAGCAGAGGAUCUAGCAAGGUUCUCCAUGGAAGUAUCCGGUUACUACCUCAAGGAAUUCUCAAAGCACUGGAAGGAAAUUCCAAGUAAGUAGUUAGGUAUAUUAU